AUGACUCAAUUUCUUAUGAUGUUUAAAACUAUAGUGCAAGCCAAGGGAACUCAAGAGAUUGAAGAAAGUGAAGGCAAUGAUAAAAAUAAAGAAGUACCACCAGUAUCAGUAAAGAAAGCAGUUGAUGUAUUAAAAACUUUUGUCAAUUUUUUUGAAUGGAAUUAUUCUGAAUUUGAUGUUGAUGGUUUGUGCAUUUUUAGAAUAGUUAGAGUUAAAUUUAAAAAAGUGGAGUAUACUUGUAAUAAAAUUAGAUUGGAUACGGAGUAA